UGCUUUCCUGUUUUCCCCAACGAGAAAGUUGCUGUCCGGAGUCCCCACCCUCUCUGGCUGGGUUUCUCGAUGGACUGAGAUCUCUGUUAACAUACGCGUAUCCCAGCCGGCGAGCACCGGGAUUUGUGACCCCAAAUUGGCCAGUAGUUUUGGCUGCGGCGCCCCCCUGGGAUGGUGAUGCCUGCGGCGGAGGCCUGCUCGGGGCUGGAAGGGCCGGGGAGGCCCCAGCGACAAGGCCGAUGAAGGAAGUGGCACACCUGUGUGCGCGUUUUUAUUUAAGAUAGUAACUGUCCCUAUUGAAGCCCCCAGCAGGGCGGCAGCCAGAACUGAGGCGCCAGCAGGCAUGUAAAGUUGGUCAUGCAUCUGUGCUGCUUGAUACAUUUCGAGCCCAGUAACAGAAGAGCCUUCCUGAGAUUGCCGUCACCAUACUUGCCUGUCACCUUCGCAAGGUUGGCCAGUGUGGCUGAUGCUCCGGAAACCUCAGGGACUCACAGAAACCUGCACCCCGGUGAUGGCACACAGGGACUGUUUUCUUGUUCUUAGUCUAAGUGGUUGCCAAGAAGGAAGGCAGAGGUAGAACAGUCGGAUCUAGGGCUCUCCCCAGAGCUUCUAAUCUCAGACCUUAUUAAACUCCUUUCUGAGCCCAAGGACAGAGUUCACUUGAACAAAUGAUUUUGAGUCAUGAAUGAAAACUCUUGCUCUUUCCAUGAUGAGAAAGAAUUAAGAGAGGGACAGGUUGAAGGUGUGUCUGCUGGGUACCCUCCACCAUGUGACAAGGACAACAGUGCUCUUCUGGCUUUCAGGGGAAUUCCUAUCUCAGAGUUGAAGAACCACGGCAUCCUCCGGGCCCUGACGGCAGAAGCGAAUAAUGGCUGGGAGCCGGCUGUUAUGAAUACAGAGGUGCUCCGAGCCCAAGAAGAAUGGGAAGCUGUGGACAGUAUCCAGCCAGAGACAGGGAGCCGGGCCAGCUCAGACCAGCCUGGGCAGCUAAUCUCUUUCAUUGAGGCCCUCCAGCAUUUCCAGACCGUGGACCUCUCUUCCUUCAAGAAAAGAAUCCAGCCCACGAUCCGCAGGACCGGGCUUGCUGCCCUCCGGCACUGCCUCUUCGGGCCUCCCAAGCUCCACCAGGGCCUCCGUGAAGAAAGGGACUUGGUCCUGACCAUCGCUCAGUGUGGCCUGGAUAGCCAAGACCCAAUGCAUGGCCGAGUCCUCCAGACCAUCUAUAAGAAGCUGACCGGCUCCAAGUUUGACUGUGCCCUCCACGGAGACCACUGGGAAGAUCUGGGCUUUCAGGGAACAAAUCCAGCCACAGACUUGAGAGGAGCAGGCUUCCUUGCCCUCCUGCAUCUCCUGUACCUGGUGAUGGACUCAAAGACCUUGCUGAUGGCCCAGGAGAUCUUCCGCCUGUCUCGUCACCAUAUCCAGCAAUUCCCCUUCUGUUUGAUGUCCGUGAACAUCACCCGCAUCACCAUCCAGGCCUUAAGGGAGGGAUGUCUCUCCAGGGAGUGUAACCGGCAGCAGAAGGUGGUCCCGGUGGUGAACAGCUUCUACGCCGCCACUUUCCUCCGCCUCGCGCACGUCUGGAGGACGCAGCACAAGACCAUCUCUGACUCGGGCUUUGUCCUCAGAGACUUGGAGGUGUUGGCCAAGAAGAGCCCCAGACGGCUGCUCAAGACCCUGGAGAUCUACUUGGCUGGAGUGUCAAAGGGACAGGCCUCCCUGUUGGGGGCGCGGAAGUGUGCUGGGCCACAAGCCCCUCCCUCCAAGGAUCUCACUUUCACAGGAGUGUGUGACCUGCCACCACACUCCUCUGAAGGCACAUGGCUGAUCUGACCAACCCCAGUGAGCGGCCACCGGAUCAAAAGCCUUGAAGGGGCUUUCGGAGGGUGUACCCUGGCACCGUUCUGCCCCUUGCGGUCCUAGCAGAAGGGAUGUAGGAAGCCUGUUUGGGGAGCCAAGGACCCUCACCUGCAUGAGACAUUAGGGGCUGUUAAAUUUGACCCACUCCCCGCAGACCUGCCUCCAGAGCAAGGAACACUUUGCCACAAUCUUAGUUGGGCUACAGCUUCCAGAGUUGGGUUCCAGGUCAUUUCAGUGACAGAUCAUGAAGUGGGAGACCCCGUCUGGGUGUUCCACACAGCCCUACAUCAAAGGUAUUCCCGAGGAGAGGUGCCGGAGUUCUGACUCCUGGCAGCGGGGCUUUCAGGCCGCGGGUCCACGGGACAGGGACCAGACAUGGGCUGAGUAGUUAGAAUGUGAAGGGAGAUGGUAGCGGUGGCAGCAGCUGACAGGGGGCAGCAUGAACCAGAGAGUGCACACGGGCCUGCCUUCCUCUCCAUCCCCUGGGGUCUCUGGCCUUGCACUUAUCCCACCCUCACCUCUCCCCAUCCCUCCUCCCCACUGCUUGUGACACAGAGCCAGGCACUGGGCUGGGUGUCUGCUGCCGCCCAUCCUAACCGCCCAUCAGCUGGGCUACCCCCGUGGAGGCUGUGCAGGUCCCAUCAGGGAUGGUUCUCUGGCCUGGGCAAAGGAAGGAGGAAAUUCAUGUACCAGCAGUUUUUAAAUAAAAGAAUUCUUCUGGGUUAA